AUUUUUUAAAGAUAGAAUUAUAUAUAAAUACAUUAGUUUUUAUUAAAUUAGAGAAAAUACAAGUAAAUAGAAUACAUUAUAAGAUCCUUCGUAGUGUCAUUAUGGCCGUCUGCUAUACUCUGAAGUAAUUUCAGAGGUGAGGUUUUGACCCAACAGAUCGUAAUUUUUAAACAGUCGUAAGAAAAUACAAAGAGAAGAUGGUAGUGGGAGUUUUUCCGGCCCUUAAAUUGGGAGUGUUAUUCGUUAAACAAAUUAGCAAACCUUUAGCAAAGUUUUUGGUUAACCAAGCAAAAAAUCAUCCUGUAUUUAGAACCUAUUUUAUCAUACCUCCUGCGCAAUUUUAUCAUUGGGCAGAAGUGAAAGCUAAAAUGUAUAUAAUGAACCUCGGUAAACCGACGAAAGUUGCCAAACUAAACGAAGCUAUGGCAAUAGAAUUAGGAGCAAAUUUGAUGGGUGAGGUUAUCAUAUUCAGUGUUGCCGGUGGAUGUCUAGUGUUGGAAUACAACCGUCAAGUAGCAAAGGAAACAAAGAAAGAAGAAGCUCGUCUUGAACAGAUACAAAAGUUUACAAAUGACAUUGAAAACUUAAAUAAAAUUACAUCCCAACAAGAAACUGAAAUUCAGUAUCUACUUGAAGCUGUUAAAACAUUAUCUAAACACACAAAAAAUAAAUUACCUGCCAUGCCAAUAGUAACACAUACAAAUGAACAGGAAGGAUCACAUAGUACUGAUGGAAAACUUGAUGCAAAUAUGAAUGUAAAAACAAAUGUGGAAACACAUGACAAAGAAAAUGAAAAACAGUCAUUAGUUGAACGUGCCAUAAUAUACUAUGAACAUGAUGUCAAAGCAGAUAGAAUCAGUUAACUCAAAUUUAAUUAUUUUAUUGAUGAAUGUGAUUUGAUAGUGUAGAUAUAAUAUCGAUAAUAUUAUAGGCACCAAAUAACAAAUAGGUUUAUAAUGCUGCAAUGUAUAUAAAAAAUAUUUUCCAUAAUACAUACAGUGCAAGAUUUUGUAUAUAAUCAAAAGCACAGUCGCAUGUAACAAUUUUCGUAUGCUAUUAUAUACAUGUGUAUAUAAUCUCUUUUUUUAAUUGUCAAUGACCCUCAAAAGAAGAUAUAAUUUAAGAAAAAUUUACUACACACACAUGAAUGUAUUUAAGUUAUGUUAUUUUCAAUAGCAAUCCAAACACCUGAUUAUUUUGUUUACAGAUCUGCCAAUCUACUUAAAUGCAUCUCAAUUGUAUUGUAUAUAAAAAGUACAAGCAUAAUGAUAAUAAUAAUAAUAAUAAUACUAAUAUGUACUUGUUUAAAUAUACAUUUAGUAAUGCA